AGCAGCGGGCAGCGGAGAGAGACGCGCGGGUUGCGCGGGCUCGUGCAGUUUGGCUACAGUGUAGUUUGGCGCGGCUUUUCGUCACCGCGCUAUGAACGUACUACAGCAUAAGCCAAACUUGAACUACUGGGGCAUCGAGGUGGAAUCACACCAGCUAAUGACGUGCACGAAGUCACAGGUGGUGUGAGAAUGGCUUUGCAAGUAAUUCAGCCUCUGGAGAGGAUUUCCGUCGAAUCGAAGGAGUCGAGGCUCGUGCAGAACCUGUCCAAAGCGUCGGUAUCGCUGAAAGGCGUUGUGAACCGCGACGUGAAAGUGACUGUUUCUGGCACCACGCAAAGCACGUGUCUCAGCGCAAGCAGCAACAGUGUGAAAGACAGUGAAAGCCUUUGUCUCCAUGCAUACAUUCCACAAAUCAACAAACAUUUCAACCUCGAUGGGAAGGUCGGAGAAGGUACCUUCAGCCAUGUCUACAAGGCAAGGCUAAAAGCAGGCAGUGCCUCCACGGUCUUUGCCAUCAAGUUCUUGAUUCCAACGAGCCAUCCAUCAAGAAUCGCCAAUGAGCUCAAGUGCCUUCGAGACAUUGGAGGCAGCUGCAAUGUCAUGGAUGUCAAGACAUGCUUUCUCCACAAGGGGCAUGUUGCCAUUGUGAUGCCCUACUUUCCCCACGAGAAGUUCUCGGAUUACGUCUGCAAGCUGAGCGUGUCUGAAGUGCAAGAGUACAUGCGCCAGCUUCUCAUUGCACUCAGGAGGGUGCACUCUUUCAACAUCAUUCACCGAGACAUCAAGCCAAGCAAUUUCCUCUACAGUCGUAAGCUCAAGAGAUUUUCGCUGGUAGACUUUGGCCUUGCACAAAGACUCGAUGAAGCAGAAGGCAAAAGCACAGUGUCUAAGGGUGCAACCAGUUCUGAACCUCACUCGAGGAAGAGAGGCCGGACGACGGACCAAGAAAACCAGAGAUCUCAGCUGAAGCGACAGUGCUUCCCAGCCCACCCGGGCCAACCGCUGCAUGCUUCGAAUGUGCCCAACGUCACACAAGUAGACAGCAUGGGCAAGAAGCCCCUACAGGCGCCGACGGCGGCCGCCGGCGCCACCGUGCUCAAGGGCGGUGCUGCUCUCCCCACGGCGGCCCGCACAGUCCCCCAGCCACGCCGCAUAAAGACCAAGCUCUGCUGCUGCUUCGGCAGGAACGAGGUCUGCAACAUCUGCCUCAGCAGGCCAGCCGAAGUGGCACCUCGAGCGGGAACACCGGGUUUCAGAGCCCCCGAAGUCCUUCUCAAGUACAAAGACCAAUCAACGGCGGUCGACCUGUGGUCGGUAGGGGUCAUCUUCCUGUCCCUGCUGAGCGGGCGCUACCCGUUCUUUCGUGCCCAAGACGACCUCACUGCCCUCGCCGAGAUCAUCACCAUCACCGGAAGUGUCCCGGUCCAGCUGGCAGCUGAACGAAUGGGCAAACGUUUGACCCUGAGCCACCAGAAGCCAACGCUAGAUCUCAAGGUGCUUUGCGAGAAACUGAGGGGCACGUACGCGAGUGUUCGGGAAACUUCGGCUUGGGGGUCUGCCGCACCCGCUGCGAGGCUACAUCCCAGGGGCCACCACGAGUCGUGGCUGUGCGUCCCCGACUCGGCCUACGGCCUGCUUUCGAGGCUACUCGAUCCCGACCCCGCUUCCCGAAUCACCGCCGACCAAGCGCUGCAACACGAGUUUCUACGAGAAACCGUUCAGUAGCAUUCCAACGUGAACUUGCGAUUGACGAGAAAUAAAGCCGGCUGCCACGAA